AUGACUCCCAAUGCAGAUUGUCGCGACCACAAUGUGCAACUAUCUCAACCGAGUCGCCUUGAAGCGCUCCGUUCUAGACUGAUAGGUGUCACGCCUGACACCACCUGUCGACGAGAUGAUUUUUGGGUUUCCGAACAUAUCCAAGACGACAAUAUCAGAGAAGUUCGCGAUGAUUGGGACUUCUCGGUCGAGGAAGGCAACCAGCGGAGACAUGGAGAAGCCGCCGAAGGUUCGGAUGAUGAUUCGGACAGUAUGGAGAUCGAUAGCUUAGACAUCCGUCGUCUUUUAGAAGAGCUUAAAGAGAGGAUCGGGUAUGCCCAUAGUUAA